AGUUGCGUCUUUCCUACUCGAUCUCACAAUGUCCGCCAUGUUUGAUCGCAUACGGGAUAUUUCACAUCCAUGACAACUGUUCGAUAAGCAAUCCGAUGUCGAGACCGAAAUUCUUCACGCCGGACGAAGUUUCUGUGCAUAAUACAGCUAAGGACAUAUGGGUGUCUUUUAUAGGCAGAGUCUACGACUUGACGACAUUGUGUGAGGCCAACGCUGGUGACGUUUUACUAAAACCUAUCCUUUCGAGUGCUGGAAAAGAUAUAUCUCACUGGUUCGACAAAAGGACAGGAGAGCUUCGUACCCACAUUGAUUCAACCACAGGAUGUCGUGUUGCAUACACACCCCAUGGUCGAUUCCUUCAUGUCCCUCCAGGAUGCCCUCGAUCUGACUGGUCAAACAACUUUGGCAGACCAUGGUGGAAAGACGAACGAUACUGCAUUGGGCGACUAUCACAGAAAACACGAAAAAUAAAAAUAGUAAACAUGCUCACAUUAGAAGAAAACACGAUCGAGGUUUGCUUGGAAGAGAAUAUGAUGGAAAUUCAAAAACGAUAUUUUGUAUACAAUUUGCAUGCUGCCAGUUACACAUGGAAAUAUCGUGGCGAGACUCUGGACAUGUACAAAACCCUCCAAGAGAAUGGCAUUUCAGACGAGUUUGAAAAUUUCUACGAAUUGAACAUGGACGAAGACCUGUACCUGCCAGCUGUACAUUUGUAUUUCAAUGACGAUUUGACUGAGCAGUAGGUUUGUCACUGCGUAUGUAGCAUCACCAUAUACCUUACUUAAUCUACAUACUAGCUGUGGAUCGACUGCUAGUCAUAUGAAGUCAUAUGGUCAUGAAUUUUUCGUCGUGAUUAUUAGCAAAGAAUUAUUAUGUUAUCUGCAGUGACACUUGUUAUAGUUGACAUCACAGUUUCUUUACUUAUUAAUACCUCAUUAAUUAAUUUUUUAAAUUAAUUAAUUAAGCAAGAAGGAAUUUGUUUUUAAUUUAUAUCAAUUGACAUGCUGUCUACUGUUACUCACAAA